UAGGAAGUACUUGUAAUUAAGCUUUUAAAACAAUGUCACUGUUUUGUUUUUUUUUAGCAGGUAUCCCUUGAACAGGUAAAAAUGGUUUUAAAGAAGAAGAAGGAAAUUCAGGCAGAUGCAUUCUUUCUUGAUCAUCGUCAGCUUGAAAAACUCCAGAGGUUUUCAAAGGCUGAAGAGCAAAACUUGGCAUCUCUGCUUCUGCACUGUGCACAGCUGAGCAAUGGCAUCCAGCAGAUCCAGUGUAUUAAACAAAUUAUGCCAUUGGUGAAGAAGAUGGAUCAAAACUCUGCAUGUGAUCCCAUGGUUAAAGCUUGUUUGGAUAUUUUGGGAGAGACUUAUUUUUCACUGGGUGCAAAGAAUCCCUUAAAAAAAGUGUUAGCAAGUUCACUGAAUGGUCUUCCUGAGCAGUUUAUGGCAUUAGCUGUACAAAGCUUUGUGCGCUGCCUUAGGGAAGAACUGAAAACCACGGACAUAUAUUUGUACAGAAAAGUACUGGACAACCUUGCUUCCUGUAUGGAGGACUUCAGCUUAGGUAGAGCAAGUAUUAAGAACCUGUUUGAAGAAGUUCUUCAGUUUCUGCAGAAGUCGCUACUUGACAUACAGGAAGAAAACAGAAAGAAUCAUGGAAAUCGUAUUGUUCAGACUCAGUUGAUGCAUGAUUUGCUGAUAGCCAUUAGGGUUUCAAUGAUGCUUCUACAGAAAUUACAAGAAAAUAUCCAGGGAAGUCUUUGGAAACACCAUGAGUCUUCUGUUUGGCAAAGUAUGUGUGGUUUACUGAAAAGCUGCACAAGCUUCCUAAUGGAUGAAACUCUCCUGCAAACUGUUCAGACUACCUCGGGACUCGCUGUUAUUCUGUUUACUAAAGCUAUGUAUGAGCCGGUUGAAGACCUACCUUCCUUGGUCAGUGCCUUGCUUCUUGGGUCGACAAAACAUGCAGGAGUGCCAGCGUGGUUUGUGAGUAACAGCGGGAUGCUGUGUGCGGAGGAACUCCCUCGCUCGGUCCUUCUCUUUCUUUGCCAUGGAGCACUGGCUAUGCUGGAAUGGAAGAAUGGCAGCAUGGGUGAAAAUGGAGAAAAACUACUGUUAGAUAUCCUAUCAGUCUUGUUGGCUUUGAGUUCAGAGUUAAAAGAGUCCUGUACAGCAACAUCUUUGUCUAGAAUCCUUGCUAUUUGGACUAGUUCAGCACUAGCUGCCCUUGGUUCAGGCUCCUCAGAUCUAAAAGUGAAGCUUAAUGGGAACUCGGGGAUAAUUGGGAAGCUGCUGGAAUACAUUUAUACCCACUGGGAACACCCUCUGGAUGCAGUUAGACACCAAACCAAGUUGAUAUUCAAAAAUCUUCUUCGGAUACACCGAACCACCAUUACUGGAUCCAGUGAAAAGUCAGACCCGUUCUUUGCGCAGCUGAUAAAGCAUUUACUAAGCUUGGAAUGGCAUGUGAAAGGGAAAUAUGCUUCUCUCGGCUGUCUCGUGGAGUGUGUGGGCACUGAAAGUAUCCUGCAGUUGGACAGAACAAUUCCAGCACAGAUCUUGGAUGUGAUGAAUGAUCAGUCUCUUGCACCCUAUGCUAGUGAUCUUUUGGAAACUAUGUUUACAAAUCACAAAGCCCAUUUUAAUUCAGGUUUUCAAGAAAGCACCUGGAUUGACCAGUGGCAUGAUGUCUGGGUUUCUCCUCUCCUUGAGUUACUGUGUGAAGGGGAUCAUGACCAAACUACUUACAUAAUAGAUUACUACUUACCAAAAUUGCUCAAAUACAGCCCUGACAGUCUGAGCUACAUGAUUAGAAUUCUUCAGGCUUCUGCAGACGCUAAUCUUGGCUCUUGCCAUACUAGAGGAGCUCUUGGAGCACUGAUGGCAUGCCUGAGAACAGCCAGGGCUCAUGGACAGCUGGAACUUUCAAGUAUUGUGAGCAAUGGUCUUGUAUCCACUGAAUGUAUAAAACAAGGUCUAGUUCAUCAGCACAAUCAGGUUUGCAUUGAUGCUUUAGGUUUGCUUUGUGAAACCCAUCGUAGCACGGAAAUUGUGUCUGUGGAAGAAAUGCAACUAAUCCAGUUAUUUAUUAUGUACAACUUGAACAACCAGUCUCCUUCAGUAAGGCAGCAGAUAUGUUCUUUACUGAGAAAGUUAUUUUGUAGGAUACAAGAAAGUUCCCAGGCGCUUUAUAAAUUGGAGCAGCAUAAAACCAAGCAAGAGUUACUUGAAAACUCAACUCAAAGGCAUCCUUUGGUGAUUUUGCAGCAAUAUAAAGAUUUCAUGUCAUCUGUAUGUGACAGACUUUUUGGGGCACUGUUUCCUGGUUCAUCGCAUCCAACCAGGUUUUCUGCACUAAGUAUUUUAGGAUCAAUAGCAGAAAUAUUUUCUGUUCCAAAAGGCCAGGCACAAGUUUUUCAGUUGGAGCAGGAGAUUGAUUCCACUCGUGUGCAAACUUUGAUCCAGUGUUUUGCCAGUACCUUUGAAGAAGUAAAAGUUCUAGCAUUUGAGCUUUUGAUGAAACUAAAUGAUGCUGCAUUUAAGUUACAGGAUUCUGCAUAUCUAGAGCUCUUAUUCAAAGCAGCAAUGGAUCUUAGCACAAGUACCAAGCCAUAUGAUUGUGUCACUGCUUCGUAUUUGUUCAACUUUUUAGUACAUCAUAAAAGACUACAGCGUAUUUGUUUAGGAAAAUAUGGUAAGCAUAAGCCUCAGCUGGAUGAAAACGUAUCAGUAAGUACAGUGGAGAACAACACUUUAGCAGUUAUCAAGAUUUUGUUGGUGAAUGUUGAAGAAGAAAUAUUUCAAGCUAAGAAGUCUCUGCUUCAAGCAGCAGCAUCAUUCCCAAUGUAUGGGAGAGUGCAUUGUAUAACUGGGGCUUUACGGCAAUUACCUUUUAAAAACUUGACAUUGGUAGCUGAAUGGAAGGAAAUGGUGGCCAGGCUCAUUCUGAUGUCAUACGAGCUGUCUGCUGUAGUAUCACCAGUGUUGCAGAGCUCAUCGCCAGAGGGUCUUAUUCCAAUGGAUAGUGAUUCAGAAAGUGCAGGUCGCCUGCAGAUGAUUUUGCAUGAGAUACAACCACAGGACACGAAUGAUUAUUUUAUGCAAGCAAAAAUUUUGAAAGAACACUGCAAAGUAGAGUCUGAAAAGCUGGCUGACCACAGGCCAAUGGAAAAUACUUGUUCAGACGUGAGAGGUAAAGACAGACAAACGUGUGACGUCACAGCCCAAAUGGUUCUUGUGUGUUGCUGGAGAAGCAUGAAGGAGGUAUCUCUGCUCUUAGGGACACUGUGUAAACUUUUGCCUUCACAGGCUGCAUCUGAACCUUCAGAUGGGCUGGUUACUGUAGAACAGGUUAAAAAUAUUGGGAACUACUUUAAACAUCAUCUGCUGCAGUCGAGGCACAGGGGAGCAUUUGAAUUGGCAUACGCUGGCUUUGUGCAACUUACGGAAAUGCUUUCCAGAUGUAACAGUGAGAGUCUGCACAAGAUGCCAGAGCAGUGGCUAAGCUGUGUGUUAGAAGAAAUCAAAUCUUGUGAUCCUUCGUCUACACUGUGUGCAACCAGACGUAGUGCAGGAAUUCCAUUCUAUAUACAGGCUUUGUUAGCUUCAGAACCAAAGAAGAGCAAAACAGAUUUGCUGAAAAUGACAAUGAAAGAAUUGCUAUCUUUGGCUGCACCUUUGAAUGAAUCCUCAAGUGUAAUUCCACAGGUUCAUGCUUUAAAUAUCCUUCGGGCACUGUUUAGGGAUACACGUUUAGGUGAAAACAUCAUGCCUUACGUUGCAGAUGGAAUACAAGUAGCGAUUCUAGGUUUUAUGUCACCUGUCUGGGCAGUAAGAAAUUCAUCUACACUUCUGUUUAGUGCCCUGAUUACAAGAAUUUUUGGGGUUAAAAGAGGGAAAGAUGAAAAUUCAAAGAAAAAUAGAAUGACAGGAAGAGAGUUUUUCUCUCGGUUUCCAAGUCUUUAUCCUUUCCUUCUCAAGCAGUUGGAGCUUGUAACGAAUACUUUGAACAGUGAAGCUGAAGACUUGAAAAUCCAUCCAAGCCUGUUCCUUCUGCUUUUAAUCCUGGGAAGGCUGUAUCCAUCUCCAAUGGAUGGCACUUUCUCAGCACUCAGCAUGGCACCGUUUGUCCCAUUUAUUAUAAG